AUUAGUUGGAAUAUUUUUUUCAUUACUGAAAAAUAAAUAAUUGGUUGAACAAUCGCUGUGCGUCUGUAUGCAAUUCGAUAGGCGCGAAUGAGACAACACUAGUGCAUCUGCGCAUAAAAGCAGUAUAGAUAGCAGCUUGUGUUUGGUACUAACUACACACACAACCGCAUACGCUGCACGCACAGUAAAUAUAUGAAUUAUUAACAAUUUAUCUAAUUAAAUGGUAUGUUGCGACUUGGCGAUUAAGACACUGCAAUAAAUACGCCGAAAAGUGGAAAGCAAUUAGAGAAAAUAUAAUUACCAAUAGCGAUCUAAGAGUGUAGCGCAUGCCAUACGACGAGGGUUUCUGUAAAUGGAGGCUGCUGUUUUGUGUUUUGUUGUUGAGUUGAGCGUGUGUGAAGUGUGCAAUUGACUAGAAAUUGUUUUUUUUUUGUUUUUAAAUGUGUCGCAAAGCCAAUAACAAAAACGGACAACAAAUCGAUUUCAGUUUGAAACACAUUCAACUUGCCACCACCAAGCAUACAACACGAGGCAAUAAUUGCAAUAAAGCGCCAGCGAGUAGUGGGAAAAACAAAAACGCAAACGCAAACGAAAACAGUGCAAACAGUUUUCCCCCCACUGCUGCUGCACGAGGAGACGCUGUCUCUAAAGCUUAACGGCGCUGCAGUAAAUACAGUUGGACUUGAAGCUUUUUUUUGCAAGCGAAAAAAAACUUAAGCAUUUGACAGUAUUAACAACAACUACAACAAUAAUAAGAGGUGCAGGACAUUGAAGCAGCAGCAACGCAGAGACUAUUGAGAAACCUUGAAACGCAUUCAAACACAACACACGCAUACACUUACACUCACAUAUAGAUCUAUUGCGUGAGAGCGAAAGAGCAAGACGCUCACGUACACCCACACUACACACACACAAGCGUGCAGCACACGGACAAGCACACACACACACACACACACACACAGGCAGCGGGAACAGCAGGCGAAGCCAUGAGUUCGCAAUAUUCGAACGUGGAGAAUCUGUCGCCACAGACGAUCAGACAGGUGAUGAAGGAGCUGCAGGAUAUGGAGACAACGCCACCCGAAGGCAUCAAGGUGCUGAUCAAUGAGAGCGAUGUCACCGAUAUUCAAGCACUAAUCGAUGGUCCAGCUGGCACUCCAUAUGCCGUUGGUGUGUUUCGCGUCAAGCUGACGCUGAGCAAAGAUUUCCCACAGACACCGCCGAAAGCGUAUUUCCUCACCAAGAUAUUCCAUCCGAAUGUGGCCGCCAAUGGCGAGAUUUGUGUGAACACAUUGAAAAAGGAUUGGAAACCCGAUUUGGGCAUUAAACACAUACUGCUUACGAUUAAAUGCCUGCUCAUUGUGCCCAAUCCGGAGUCGGCGCUUAACGAAGAAGCCGGCAAAAUGCUUCUCGAGCGUUAUGAUGAUUAUUCGCAGCGUGCGCGCAUGAUGACCGAGAUACAUGCCCAGCCGGCCAAAUGCGGAGGUGCUGCUGCUGCCAGCGAUGCCAAAGAUGAUGAUGGACCAUCGACGAAGAAACACGCUGGUCUUGACAAGAAGCUGCAGGAUAAGAAAAAGGAGAAAUUGCUGAAGGAGAAGAAGCGUAUGCUCAAGAGAUUAUGAGAGGCAUAAGUCAAGACAGCAGAUCAGCCAGCCAGCCAGAGGGAGAGAGACAGCGAGAGAUACAGAGCGAGAGGGAGAAAAAAGAGAAAUACUACAAUAAAAUGGAGCAGUAAAUUACAUAUUUGGCACAACAACAACAACUAAAAGAACAUCAACAGGAACACCAAUGAACAGAUUCUACAUUAGGUACUAUAUGAAAAAUCAAAAGUGAGCCGUUAGACAAACGAGAUCUGAAUCAGAGCGAGAGGUAGAGAGCGAGAGAGAGAGAAAUAUAGAUAGAGGAGUGUACAUGAAAGGAAGGAAUCAAAGGAAUGAUCGAAAUAGCGACCAAGCAAACCACUCCAAAGAAAAUGCAUCCAGUUAAAUAUACGAAACAAACAUAAAUAUAAAAUAACAAUACUUAAGAAUGGAAAAGCGAAGCCGAAGCAAAAAAACAACUCUGGUUGAAGUCUGUGCAACACUUCGGUGCGUCCCAGCAGAUAGAUCAGAUAUAACAGUUACGAUGAGAGACCGAUAUUAGAUUGUAGACGAAACGAAACUGAUGAGAAGAAGAUAAUGAUGAUCCUAUAUAUAUAUAUAAAUACAUAUAUAUAUAUAUAUAUAUAUAUAUAUAUAUAUAUAUAUAUAUAUAUAUAUAUAUAUAUAUAUAUAUAUAUAUAUAUAAUUUAGUGCUGCCCUAGCCCACGUCCUCGUCUCCAUCCUCCUCGCCUUCUUCAUGCCCAUUUUUCAAGAAUCGUAGCAUAAAUUAUAUGUGUAUUUGUAAUUAGUUUAAACAUUCAACUCACCCAUCUCCCAGUCAGUCCCCUAAGAAGAAAGCAUCACCAGCAUGUGUAGCGUUAUGCGUAUAGAUCAUAUUUAUUGUGAGCUUACAGUUUUAUUAUUUUUUUUAAUUGUUCUCUUUGACAUUCGUACGUUUCAAUUAAAAACAAAGAUUCUACUUAAACUAAGAACACAACAAAAACAAAACAAAAAAACGGAGGGAGAAGAAGCAAAGCAAAUAAUAUUUAUUGAGAAAUUGAAAGAAAUCGAAGAUCCUUGAACAUGUGAUUGAUUAUUAUAAUCCUAUCGUUAUAUCAACAACAACUACCAAAUUCAUAUUGUGAAAUAUACGAGACGAUUUUCAAAUUAUAAUCACGUUUCCGGGAACUUCGCACAACAAAAUGUAGUAUCAUAUUUUGGUUAGACAUUUAGGUUAUAAUAAAAAAAACAAAAUACAAAAAAAAAAAAA